CGAGCAACAGGCGGCAGCGGCAGCGGCGGCGGUGGCUGCGGCUGCGGCCGCUGCAGCGGACGCGGCGGCGGUAGCGGUGCCGUAUCAUCAUCGUCGCCAUCGGCUGCUACGUACUGCGGCGGUGGUACAGCUGCCGAUGCCGAUACCGGCGGGUCAUCUUUACAACAAGCGGGGACCCGGCCAGAUACCGGGCGUUAUCGGUGGCAACAACAACAUCAACAGUCACAUCGGCGGCAGCGGCAUCUUUCAUGGAGGAACCAAGGGCCAACGGCAGCCGUUCCUUCAACGUCUACCGUCGCGCAUACACGAUCUCACUCGAGCGAUCGAGAUGGCCGUUUCGGGAGCGGCGAAUCCGGCAACGCAGCAGCAGCAACAGCAACGUCAGCACGCGCAAGCCAAGCAGACCUCUCUGAAGAGCAAGCCCAACAACAACCGUCAGGCCGGCAGCAAAAAGCUCCAACAGAGCGAGAAAGCGUAGUUGCGAGGAGUGUGUAUGUGCGUA